CCAGAUUAAGCGGGAGGCGCGCCGGGCGUCGGCACUCGGGCGGCCCUGCCUGCUCUCGGCUCCCGCGGCGGUGCCCUCUCGCCGCUUCUCCACCCGCCGCCAACGUGCAGCCGCCGCGCCGGGCGGUGAAAGCGCAGGGACCAGGCCGCCGGGUCGCGCGUGGGUUCGGACGCGGCGGAACCGGGACGUGCGCGCCGCGCGGGCUGCGACCGGGCGGCUUCCGGCGCGGCGAGCGUCCCCCCGCGAGAAGAUUUCUCCAUUUUGGAUUUCAAUUCCUUUUCCUGAAACCAAGUCAUUUUGCAAGAAGAUCAGACUUGGCUUUGUCGACUUUGAAAUGGGAGGCAGCCAUCAACUGCAAGUCGCUUCUGAUGCUGCAACAGAGCAGGAAAGAAACCUGUGAUGUAAACACGACUCCAUUGGAAACUCCCUGCCUUGGCCAGUCCUAUGUGAUGACAGCCAUGUAUUUUUGAGAAGGCAGUCGCAACGAAGAAACUCCUCUCGGAUUGCUGUGGAUUACCUGUGUGACUGCGUUUUGAGAACACCGAUGCUCACGGCGCAAGCUGAUCGUCACAUGGGCCCUGAGCAUCACGUGCUCAGCUGUUGUGGCGACUUAGUUAGGAGAACAGUUAUAAAUUCUCCACGACUUGUUCAUGGUUAGUUUUGGGCUCGACAGACGUGUGGGAUUCAGCACGUGCUCAUCCAAGGCUUGCUCCAGGUCAAACAGUGAACAAGGCAGUUUUUUACCACUGGCAGCUCCUGGAGAGCAGAGGUCUUCAAGCUGAGGACAUAGCACCCCACUUACAAGUGAGAGUCUUCUGGAAGAGAAGAGAAACCUGACAGAAUUUUUUUUAAGUACCAAGACUUGACUGUGAAGUAAUCCAGGCACAUGGCGUCAAUAAGGUGCUCAUUCAGGUGGAUCAAGCCAUUGGCCACAGAUCCCUGGUUGCUUAUACUUAUCCUGUUUUCUGUACGACACGUAUAUGCGAGUGGAAAGAAGUUUAUUGGGCCUUGCGGAGGAAGAGAUUGCUCAGUUUGCCAGUGCUUUCCUGAAAAAGGGUCUCGGGGUCAACCAGGACUCCCAGGGCCACAGGGUCCUAUUGGACCCCUGGGACUGCCAGGACCCAUUGGAAUUCCAGGAGAGAAAGGGAUGAGAGGUGACAGCGGCCCUCCUGGAGCAGCCGGUGACAAAGGUGAUAAGGGUCCAACUGGUGUUCCUGGAUUUCCAGGUUUGGAUGGCAUACCUGGGCACCCGGGGCCUCCUGGAUCCAGAGGCAAGCCUGGCGUGCAUGGGUACAAUGGCUCAAGAGGUGAUCCAGGGCUUCCAGGAGAAAGAGGAGUUCCUGGCCCAAGAGGCCCCCCAGGCCUUCCUGGGGAAAAUGGAGAAAAAGGAAAUUCUGUGUUCAUUUUAGGUGCCAUUAAAGGAAUUCCGGGUGACAGAGGGGACCCAGGACCUCCUGGCUUGCCGGGAUCUAGGGGUGCAAGAGGACCAGCGGGCCCAGUGGGACAUCCAGGAGAGCCUGGGUUACCAGGUGCUCCGGGCCAUCCUGGGAGACCAGGCUUGAAGGGUAAUCCUGGCGUGGGAGUGAAGGGGCAAAUGGGAGAACCGGGUGAAGUUGGCCAACAAGGUUCUCCUGGACCCACCUUAUUGGUACAGCCACCUGAUUCUUGUCUGUAUAAAGGAGAAAAGGGCAUAAAAGGAAUGCCUGGUGUAACUGGACCUCCAGGACCACCAGGACCCAAGGGAAAACCUGGAUUUGGGGCCAAAGGAGAGAAGGGUGUUCCUGGGUUCUCAGGACCGCGGGGUGAUCCUGGUUCCUAUGGGUUGCCAGGCUUUCCAGGAUUAAAGGGGGAACCAGGACUGUUUGGAGAUCCUGGAUCGUUUGGAUUUCUUGGCCCAAAGGGGGACCCUGGAGAUCGCGGGUACCCAGGACCACCGGGUGUUUUGGUAACUCCAUCUCUUCCGCUCAAAGGCCCUCCAGGGGAUCCGGGGCGCCCUGGCCGCUAUGGAGAAACGGGGUCUGUUGGACCGCCUGGUCCCCCUGGUCCCCCAGGACCACCAGGGGAAACCUGUGCAGGCAUUAUGGGACCCCCUGGGCCAGGAGGGUUUCCUGGUCAUCCGGGAUUUCCAGGGGCAGCCGGUAUCCCCGGGAGAGCUGAUUCCACUCCAGGGAAACCAGGGAGCCCGGGACCACCUGGGUUGCCUGGAGCUCCAGGACUGCAGGGCCCUCCAGGAUCAGAUGUUAUAUAUUGUAGUGUCGGGCACCCUGGACCACAAGGAAUAAAAGGCAAAGCAGGUCCUCCAGGAAGAAGAGGCUCGAAAGGAGAAAAAGGAAACGCGGGGCUCUGUGCCUGUGAGCCUGGUCCCAUGGGCCCACCAGGCCCUCCGGGACUUCCUGGGAGGCAGGGUAGUAAGGGAGACUUGGGGCUCCCUGGGUGGCUUGGAGAGAAAGGUCAUCCAGGCCCUCCGGGUGCUGAAGGAUCUCCAGGACCACCAGGAAAACCCGGUGCUGCAGGACCACUUGGCAGUAAAGGAGAAAAGGGAGACAUGGUUGUGUCAAGAGUGAAAGGGCAGAAAGGAGAAAGGGGUCCUGAUGGGCUCCCAGGAUUUCCAGGGCAACAGGGACAACAUGGCCGGGAUGGACUUCCUGGAGAAAGGGGGGAUCCGGGACCCCCGGGGGAUCAUGAAGACGCAGCCCCAGGUGCAAAAGGGUCUCCUGGAUUGCCGGGGCCCCCGGGAAGAACAGGACCUAAGGGACAACCAGGACUAGGAUUUCCCGGGCCACCAGGAGAAAGAGGGCCACCAGGAGCUCCAGGCCGUCCCGGCGAGAGGGGCCUUGAGGGCUUGAAGGGUCAGAAAGGCGAUACAAUUUCUUGUAACGUAACCUACCCUGGGAGGCCAGGACCUCCAGGUUUUGAUGGAGCUCCAGGACCAAAGGGACUUCCGGGCCCUCCGGGCGCUCCAGGGUUGAGGUGUUUAGAUGGGCCAAAGGGUCAGCGUGGCAAACCAGGAAUAUCAGAAAUACCUGGUCCACCUGGUUUUCGUGGUGACGUAGGAGAUCCAGGUUUUGGAGGUGCAAAGGGGUCCUCCCUUCCCGGGCCCCCAGGCUCUCCCGGUUCUCGUGGAGCAAAUGGGCAGAAAGGAAUCAUGGGAGACACUGCCUACGGCCACCCAGGUCCCCCGGGAGAGAGAGGUCUUGCAGGGGUGCCGGGGUCAAAAGGACACAGAGGUGAUCCAGGACCUCCAGGCUUUGCAGGGCCGGCUGGUUUGCCCGGAUUCCCAGGUCUCAAAGGCCCCAGAGGCAGAGAGGGAAGUGCUGGGUUUCCAGGGAUCCCAGGUCCACCUGGCCAUUCCUGUGAAAGAGGCGCCCCAGGAACACCAGGGCAACCCGGACUCCCCGGGGCUCCGGGCAGUCCAGGCGCCCCAGGUUGGAAAGGACAGCGAGGGGAUGUGGGGCCUCCUGGUCCGGCUGGAAUGAAGGGUCUCCCUGGAGUCCCAGGACGGCCAGGGGUAGAUGGACCCCCCGGACCCCCAGGGCUCCCAGGCCCCAUAGGCGAUGAUGGACUGCCUGGUCUUCCAGGCCCAAAGGGAUCCCAGGGGCUGCCUGGCUUCCCAGGUUUCCCAGGGGAGAGAGGAAAGCCUGGCCUGGAGGGGCACCCUGGCCAUAAAGGGGAACCAGGAGAGAGGGGUCGGCCUGGCUUCCUCGGAGACAAGGGGGUGAAAGGCGCCAAAGGAGCAAGGGGACCCCCAGGAGAUGAAGGAGAGAUGGCUGUAAUUUCCCUAAAGGGGAAAACCGGGGAACCUGGACCUCCUGGAGAUAGUGGAUUCCCAGGGGCAGAAGGUGAUAAAGGCAAUCCGGGGAUGCAGGGGAGGAGAGGAGAGCCGGGAAGAUACGGACCACCUGGAUUUCACAGAGGGGAGCCUGGUAGAACCGGGCACCCGGGGCUCCCUGGAGCCCCAGGCCCUCCAGGCUCACCCGGGCUGAGAGGCAUUAUUGGUUUUCCAGGAUUUCCAGGUGACCAGGGUGAACCAGGUUCUCCAGGGUCCCCUGGAAUUUCAGGAAGCGAUGGACUGAGAGGCCCUAAAGGAAACAAAGGGGACCCUGCUAGUCAGUUUGGCCCACCUGGUCCCGAGGGAGAACCAGGUAGCCCUGGAUGUCCAGGACAUCUUGGAGCACCUGGAGAGCGGGGCUUGCCGGGUGUUCAAGGGCCCAGAGGACCACCUGGAAGGCCAGGACUACCUGGCUCCUCCGGACCACCAGGCUGUCCAGGUGAUCCAGGAGUACCUGGGCUGAAGGGACAUCCAGGAGACAUGGGGGAUCCUGGGCCAAGAGGCAUGAUGGGGGACCCGGGGACACCAGGUCUUCCUGGAAUAAAAGGUCCCUCCGGGUUGCCCGGUCUGAACGGCUUACAUGGUUUAAAGGGUCAGAAAGGAGCCAAAGGCGCUUCAGGUUUGCAUGAAGUGGGCCCACCUGGCCCAGUGGGCAUACCUGGGCCGAAAGGGGAGACAGGAGACCCCGGGAGCCCAGGAAUUUCUCCCCCAGGCCUUCCUGGAGAAAAAGGUCCCCCCGGGCCCCCAGGGAGACCUGGAUCACCUGGUCCCGCAGGUGCCACAGGAAGAGCUCCUGAAGGUGACAUUCCUGACCCAGGUCCCCCCGGCGAUCAGGGACCUCCCGGCCCCGAUGGUCCAAGAGGAGCACCCGGGCCCCCGGGCCCCCCUGGGAGUGUUGACCUUCCGAAAGGGGAACCAGGAGACCGGGGUCUGCCGGGUCCCCCGGGCCCCCCGGGCCCCCCAGGCCCUCCAGGACGCAAAGGCUUCCCAGGAUGUGAUGGAAAAGAUGGCCAGAAAGGACCGAUUGGAUUCCCGGGACUGCAGGGGCCACCUGGACUUCCGGGAUCUCCUGGGGAGAAGGGUUUACCUGGCUUUCCAGGCAGACAAGGGCCCCCUGGGCCUCCAGGUGCCAGAGGUGAACCGGGGCCACCUGCAGACGUGGAUUCCUGCCCCCGAAUCCCCGGGCUUCCUGGGGUGCCAGGCCCAAGAGGACCAGAAGGAGGCAUGGGCCCCCCCGGAAUGAGAGGCCCCCCAGGAGCAGGGUGCAAAGGAGAGUCGGGGCCGGAUGGCAGGAGGGGCGAGGAUGGCCUCCCAGGGUCUCCUGGGCCUCCUGGAAGCAAAGGGGACACGGGAGAAGCGGGCUGUCCCGGAGCACCAGGCCCUCCUGGGCCCAUUGGGGAUCCCGGGCCCAAAGGGUUUGGGCCUGGAUACCUCAGUGGCUUCCUCCUGGUUCUCCACAGUCAGACAGAUGGAGAACCCACCUGCCCAGCGGGCAUGCCCAGGCUGUGGACGGGCUACAGUCUGUUGUACCUGGAAGGACAGGAGAAGGCUCACAACCAAGACCUGGGUCUGCCGGGGUCUUGCCUUCCCAUGUUUAGCACACUGCCCUUUGCCUACUGUAACAUCCACCAAGUCUGCCACUACGCCCGGAGAAACGACCGAUCGUACUGGCUGGCCAGCGCCGUGCCCCUGCCCAUGAUGCCGCUCUCGGAAGAAGAGAUCCGCCCGUACAUCAGCCGCUGUGCCGUGUGCGAGGCCCCGGCUCAGGUGGUGGCUCUGCACAGCCAGGACCAGUCCAUCCCCCCGUGUCCACGGACCUGGAGGAGCCUCUGGAUCGGGUACUCGUUCCUGAUGCACACAGGGGCUGGGGACCAAGGAGGAGGGCAGGCCCUCAUGUCCCCGGGCAGCUGCCUGGAAGAUUUUCGAGCAGCGCCGUUCCUCGAAUGCCAAGGCCGCCAGGGAACUUGCCACUUUUUUGCAAACGAGUAUAGCUUCUGGCUGACAACAGUGAGGCCUGACCUGCAGUUUUCCUCGGUGCCAUCACCAGACACCUUCAAAGAAAGCCAGGCCCAGCGGCAGAGAAUCAGCAGAUGUCAGGUCUGCAUGAAAUACAGCUAGAGAACCCGUAACUCGCCACCGUGUCGCCAAGAGAAACUUCCUCGUGGGCCCGGGGGUGGGGGCCCAGGCUGUGCUAAGAGAUGAAUGGUGCUCAUUUCAGACUCCAGCUUCAGCUGUUCCUUCUGUUUCGAUGUGGUUAUUCCCACCGUCCUGUCAUUCUCUCCUCUGUUCGGGACAGAUUAAGCAAACGCUACCCCUACGGACUUGUUCGGACCUACCAAUCUAGAUGAAACCCGUAUAUUCUUGUGUGUUUGAGGAUGACGGAAGAGCUGGCUUUGUUUAAAAUUAUGCUAAUUCACAGGAAGGCAAAGAGAUGAUAAAAACCAGAUUACAAAUGACAUUACUGAAAACUUCAUUCACUGGUUAAUAGCACCUCCAACAAUUGAAGUCAAUUACUCUGUAAUACAGUGGGCUUCGGGAUGGAUUUUGUAGGAAAAAAAUAAAUAGGCCAACAAAUGAGACUAGAAAGCAGAGAUUUCCAACAUUUCAAAAUGAUUUCCUCUGUAAUCUGUUUUCCCAUGUGCUUUAAAUAAUUGUAAAACCGUGACCCAAGGAGAUGUUUAAAAAAAAAAAAAAUCCACACAGCCAGCGUUAACAGUUCGUUUCAAAGCGGAAUGAAUCAUUACGCCAGGAAGGACCACAGUUGCUGUAUUCUGGAGAUGCUACAUUAGCAUAAACACAUCACAGAGGAACAUAAAACAUGUUCUCCUCUGCAUUUUUCAGAGAAUGGAAAUGCCUACUUCGGCAGCCCUUUUGAAAAGUAGCAUUUAUGGGAAAAAAAUAUAUUCAAUAAGGGACGAGGAGCCUAAAAGCUAUUAAUGAAUAUUAAGGCAGUGAUUCACAAAAAUGGACUCCCCAUUGCCGUGAACUUCCAACAGAGGGCAUUUUCCCCAGUCGGGGUCCGGCUUGUCUUUGGCGUGUGCGCACUAAUGGGACCGAAGCCACAUGGGGCUCACUCAGGCACACGCAGCUCACACAAAGCAUCCUGCUCUCUCCCCAGGAGCACCUGCGGAGCCCGCGAUGGACGCUUUUCCUCCCAAACAUAAUGGCAUUUCACACGGGGAAGUGACAGAGCCCUCAUUAUGCACUUGGGAGAAAAUGAAGGGCCGGGUUAAUUAAACUUAGGUGAGAAGAUUCAUUGAAGUCACAGGUCGCCCCGCCAGGAAGACAUGGAAAGAAACGAAAAGCAACCUACAAUUGGCGUUUCACGUUCCUGUUGUUGGUGUUUGCAGAAGCACCCUGUUUUUCCAGUUUUGAAAACACUCUUCUAUCUUAUGUCAGUAUUAUAUACCAACGCAGCAGUUUGACAUUUGACAUUAAUGCUUUCUGUAAAAGUUUAGCAGAUAUGUCUGUUUUUAACGAGUAGUUUUCUGACUAGCAAGGGAUACAUUUCCUAUUCUGUAGGGAUUCAGUGGUCCAAUCCGAAAAAUCAAAAAGCUUGUGGGAAAUAAAUGAUAGGAAAUCUGCCUUCCUCAUUUAAAAACAUGUCACGUGAGAAAAGAAACUGAAGAAAUUUCUCAUGAGAAAGGGAUGCCCAUUUUCGUGCUUAGCUUCAACGCACUUAAAAUAAUUGAGAGAAGAAAAACUCAAUUAAGAUUUUGUUUAGAAGAGAUGCUUUCCUUGCCAAACACUGAUUAGCAAUGAGCUCGUAUAUGUAGAACAUAUUUCAAAUGAGUCUUGCCACGGGCUACUCCCAGGAUGGCGAUUUAAUAGUUUCCGGUAGAAAGGAAAAAAAAAAAGUUUUGUCCCAUUUAUUGAUUGUUUUUAAUCAUGCUACGGCGUGUUCAAUAUGUUGUGAGCAUCUGAAAUUUAAGGCAAUUUCAACCUUUUCAAUCUCAUUGAUAAUUACCCUUUCCCGUUUCCAAAGUUUUAUUAUAUGUCCCCAAACAUCAGGGCUUCUAAAAUUUCAUCUACUUUAUGCAUUUGGUCUGAAAACAUUUUCUGGGAACAGAUAAGGGUGUAAGAAUGUAAGAAACGUACCUUGCUUGCUGAAGUAUUUUAAACAUGUUAGGAUAUUAUCUUAAUAAGCUGGCCAAGUAAAUCUUUAAAAAACAGGCUGAAUUCAGUGGGCAAUUUACUUGCACUGUGAGCCUGGGAUUGUGUUUGAGACUUAUUCACAAUAUCGAUAUUGCAAGGGCCCCUUUCUAAAUGCAUCCCAUUUCUGCCUUCCAAUUUUGAAAAGUUAUUUUAACUGGUCUAAAGGGCAAAACGAUGGAAAAAAUAACUCCUUGGAUUAGAAGACUGUGCUUUUUUCACCUGGUUAUAUAUCAGUGUACUUUGAAAUAUCCUUUCUCUGUGAAGGAUGAACAAAGCUUUAUGGUGGUCCUAAUCCAUGACUGGUGGUUAUCCUUAUCAACAUUUCCUUCCCAGGAGCCUCCCUCCCUCACCUGGGUUGGAAUGCAUCUAGAUGGUCCAAUGGGAACGGCUCUGGGUCACGCAGAGGAGGACGGGAUGUUUCCUUCUGGGUUCUUAUUCUCAGUGAAUGGAGCCCCAUCCACGCGGGUGUCCAGGGACCCAGGCCUCCAUGCCAUUGAGCGGUGGCUCAUCCCUUCACCCAUAUUGCCCAGACCUAAACUCCGUCACUACUUCCUGUGUGGAUCGCUACCUUCCCCUCCAGCCUCAGGGAGCCUUAACACAGCCAUUGUCCUCCACCCCUGCUUUUGAUGGUAAACGUGUCACAACUGAUGCCACUGGUGUCAAAUUCCAGUCCUUUCUCGAGACGCAGACUUGAUUUUGUUGUUCUUUGGCUCAAAACUCAUUCAAUGACUCCCGUGCCUCUGAAAUUCAAAUGCCUUCCGAUGGGGUGAAAGGCCUCAGGAGCUGCCCGUGGCUCACCUGGACCCCAAUCACAGAGGCGUGUGCCUAGCUCUGUAACCUUGCUCCUGCUCUUUCUCCCAGUGGCAUCCCCACGCAGGUGAGUUUACCUGGCACACAACUGCUUCCUUAAAGACUGAAUUAGCCGGAGGGGAGGGGCGUGUGUGCAUUUCCCCAGGGAGACUUGGGCUCCCUUCCGCUGCUCCCGGUACAACUAAUGGGCCUGGCCACUCUCAUGUUCCCUCCUCACUCCCGUAAGGUCUCCUCACUCUUCCUCCAUGCUCUUGCUAAAGUGCAAGCCCCUCGAGGGCAGGACCAUGCUUCCCUCAACUUUGCCCAGUGCCUAUACACAGCAGGGUACGCUACUGAUCAUUCUGUUUUCAGCGACAGUUCAGUAUCAUUUGGGGUUAGACCCACGCGCGUAGACUUCUCCUGGACAAAAUGGUGACAAGCAUAAGCCAUGUCUUAUUUCAGAAAAUUUGAAUUUGGCAGCAUAUCUGCACACCCACAAUCUCCUCUUCACAGUUAGUGACAGAAAAGCCAACUGAUAACCUUUGACCACUAUCCCCUCCUGAAAUACAGCUCACGUUUCCAAACUGAAAUGGCAGGAAUGGCAAGAUUCGUGGGAUUUGGCCGAGAGAAGGCUCUUCGUUGAAAUGCGACAAGACUCAACUCGUGCUGUAAACUGUAUUCCCUCAUCAUACAAGACCUUCCUAGUACAAGAUCACAUCUGUGAAGUUUGGGUACAUGUUUUUGGUGCUUAGGAAAAUAGUCAAUGGAGUGGUCCACUAAAACUGGAUUUUAUCAGAUUUUAUUUUGAGCCUCUUAUGGAUUGUAAUAGAGCAAACCAUUCUGUGUGUUCCAGGAAAUUACAUUAGAUUUGUGUUUCUGUCAGCUCACCGAAUGACUCUGAUAAUUUUUACUUUUAUUUGGGCUGGCUGCAAGAAUAGGGGGAAAAUGUGGACUUGGGAGUUGGUUUGAAUCUGACUCUGUCACUUUGCCACUGUGUCACCCUGGGCGAGUUACACCUACUCUCUGUGCCCCAUUUUCCUCAUUUAUAAAAUGGGACAUAACACCUAUUCUUGCAUUGGAAAUGAAGUUCGAGUAUAUGUCUAGUGCAUAGCAAUCAUUGUGCAUUUAUUCUGGUCACAUCUACUUAACACAAUUCAAUACAAAAAAACCACAACAUUUCUUGGGGUUUUUUUUCCAUAGAAUUAUAUUAUGAUUUUUACAGGGUACAUUAAUUACUGAUUAGAAUCACUUGUAUCUGACCAAUUCUUUGUGUCUUUGGGAAUGUUAUUUUAUUUCAGUUCUCAAAGUUACUGUCCCCCCACCCCCACCCCACACAGACACACUCAAAACCACAAUUUCCUACAGGGACAUUAUCAGGAAGUUCUGCAGGGAACAAAACAAUUGACAUUAAAAAUCAGUACUCUGCAAUUGUCACUGUUAUUAUCUGCCAAAGACUCUGCAUAAUGCGUUUUAAACCACGAAGGCUGGCUGCCACAUCCACGUGAAAUGCUUGAAUUUUAUGGUGCUUAAAUAUUUAAUGAUUCAUAGGACAAAAUGUGAGAUGUGUCCCAUAAAUUGCAUCCCUUUCUCUAACCUACGGUUGUAAAGUUAAAGACUUGCAACACGGAACAUUUGCAAGGUGCCUGGUCUGCUACUGACUCCUGAAUCUUUGUUGUAUUACCAGUCAUAAUAUUGUGCAUUAUAUAUAAAAUUCUGUGAUGACCUCCAAACACA